CGCGAGAAGGAAGGGGUAAGCGCGGACAAGGAUCACACUGUUUACAAGACCCUGACUGAUAUGCGGAACAUAAUGGCUGACAUGAAGGAGGAAAGGUUAAAGCUAUAAGUGAUGAUGGUCCAGACGAAAGGGGGGAAAAGGAAGGGGAAAGCAACCGUUGUGGAGGAAGUGAGUAAUAGCAGCAGUGAAGAGGAAGACGAGGAGGAAUUGGAGCCCCCUCGAAAGUUGACCAAGGCAGAACGAAAAGCCCUGAAUCAGAUACGAGGAGGGCAAGGCACUAGUAAAAAGCAGCGGAAGAAUAAUGGAGGAGGUGGACAAGGAAGCAAUCAGGAACAGGCGGCGCAGGCCCCUCCUCAGCAACCCCAACCUCGGCAGGAGGCCGAGGUCGAGGUAGAGGACAAGACACUGGGGGAGGCCGAGGAAAUGGGGGCGGCCGAGGCAAUUGGCAGAAUUGGUUUUGCAAGUAUUGAUAUAUAUGCGAAUAUCAGAGGCGAGGUCUACGACUUCGAAGGGAACCUCAUCGAUCCCAAUGUGGAGGGAGGAAUGAGAAAGGAAGCCUUCGAACGUAUGGGGCGAGAUCUCCCAACAACUUUUCGACUGACUUCCCCGGAAGAAGUCGAACGGAUUGAGUUGGAAGCGGCGAUGGAGUCAUUGACGACUGAAGAUGCCAAGACCGCAAAUGAAGGGUUGAGUGAAGAACAGGAAAGGAUAUUGCAGCGAGCUCAGACAGUGGUCAGAAAAAUGACUCGAUGCAGGGAAACUUUUGUUCAAGUAUGUGCCGACAUGAAUGAAGAGUGGCUCGGGCUUCCCCAAGUCUUUCUGUUUGGAAGAUGGGACAGAGACGGCCAAGGAGGUCUUACUGAUGUUACCGCAUCACAACCUGGAUUGCCGUCGGCAGGGCGUUUGAUGGCCGCUACGGUCUUGUCCCGUCCUGCCUUCAAGCGACCUGCCACCGCUGGCCUCGCACAAGCUCGGAGGGCUCGAAGGCCGCCGCGGCCAAGGACAACACCAGAAGAAGGGCCAAGUCAGCUUGGGGAAACCGAGAUAAUUCCGAUUGAAGAAGACGAUGGCGAGGAGGGCGAAUUGUUGCGGGCCGAGGAUGAGAGGCAGGCCAAACAAUGGGCCAUGGAGAGGGAGCCAGAAACGGGCAAGGCCGAUGUUAGGGAAGGAGAGCUGAAAAAAAAGAAGCAAGCCUACACAAUUCCAAUAGAGCACGGGCUGAAUAUUGAGCAAAUCGUGGACUGGAUUUUGGAAAGCCAGCGCGAUUUGUUCACGCUCAAGGAGUUCUUGGCCGCGUCUCCCAAAAUCCGAGAAGAGUUCAGGCACCGAUUGUCAAGGAAGAAGGUUAUGACGAUUAAGAUGAGUGAUAUCUUUCCCCAGGAGAUUAGUUGGGCUCCUCCUGGGACAAAAAUGGACUGGCACUGUGUAGCAACUGGGUUGUUGAAAGUGCAAGUUGGACCGUGCGAAUACUCGGCGCUCAUCGACGAUGGAGCUGAGAUGAACAUCAUACGUGAGAGAGAAGCCCUGGGGACAGGCCCUACGACAUUCGGAAAAGUCCUCAUCCAAAAGAACGGAGAAGGGCGAGAAAGGCCAUUGAGAUUUGAAAGUCGGACGCUGAAUGAGGCGGAACGAAGAUAUUCCCAAUUUAAGAAGGAAACUCUUGCAGUGCUUCAUUGUUUCAGGAUCUUCCGUAACUACGUGUUUGGAAGACGGUUCAUCCUGCGGGUGGAUCCGACUGCCCUGGCGCAGUCACUGAAGAAUUAUUCUCCCUCGGAUCCAACUAUUAUUCGAUGGUUGAUUUAUAUCUGGAUGUUCGAUUUCGAGAUCGAGCGCAUUGCAGGAGCACAAAAUCGAGCCGAUGGAUUGAGUCGGAUCGAGUGGGACUCCUCGAAAGAUCAAGCAGAAGACUCGGUUCCUGUUGAUGGAUUUCUGGAAAUGGACGAGCAACAGUUGAGUAUCAAUGUUUGGGAGUAUAUUAGCAAUGCUUCGUCCCGACCUGGGAAGUCUAUCUGGAGUUCUCCGAGUUGUUAUCAGAAGCGUUCAGAACUUGUGAUGAGAGAGCCCUUUACUGAGGAGGAUCCCUGGGGCGAACAGUCCGCGGAACAAAUGAUGAGGUUGGCAUUGUGUGACCCAGUACAACUUUCGGAAGAACCCCUUACGAUUGAAAGGGGACAUGAGCAAGGCGACGAAGUCCUCAAGAUUUCUGGAGGAAUGGUAUUUCUCGUUAAUUCGUUGAUACAGGAAGAUCGCGGCAAGUUAAUGUUGGAAGAAGGGAAAGACAGUGAGAUUAAAGAAGCCUUUCGUGAGGAGGAAUAUGAUGGGAUUUAUAAGAAGAUUGGGCUUUGGCUGAAUGGGGAUUUGAACGAGGCAGAGAUAGAGCCAAAAAUAAGAGAGAAGGCAAAGGAUUUUGUCGUUCGACAGGGACAUCUUUUCAAAAAGUUUGACGAUGGUAUGCCUAAGAGAAUAGUAUGUGGGGUUCCAAGACAAUUGGAUGUGAUUGCGACUCUACAUGAUGGAAUAACGGGCGGACAUCGAUCUGCACGAGUGACAUUAAGAAAGAUCCAACAUCUCUAUUUUUGGGAUGGUAUGGGUAAGAUGGUGGUGGAAUUCUGCAACUCGUGUGUCCCUUAUCAGAAACGUUCGAAUCUCCGCUAUGCUGAGCCACUUAAUCCGCGGUAUGUGGUUGAGUCAGGCGGUGGAGGAGCCAUAGUCGUAAGGCUGCUGUUGGAUUGGGCCGUGCGGCAACGGAUUUUCUUGAGUAGGAGGCCGCAUCGCUGUACCCUUGGACGGAAGCACUGCAGAAAUUGUGCGGCGGCAGCGCUGGUUUUCUUGACGGUACGGCGAAAGCGCUGCCGAAUUCUUGGGGCGGGAGCGCUGGUUUUCUUGGCGGUACGGCGAAAGCGUUGCCGAAUUCUUUCGGCGGCAGCACCGAUUUUCUUGGCGGUGCGGCGGAAGCACUGCCGAAUUCUGGUGGCGGCAACACAGGUUUUCUUGGCGGUACGGCGAAAGCGCUGCCGAAUUCUUGCGGCGGCAACACCGGUUUUCUUGGCGGUGCGGCGGAAGCGCUGCUCAUAUUGUGCGGCGGCAUCGCUGGGUAUCUUGGCAGUACGGCGGAGGCGUUGUCGAAGGUUGUGGAGAUAGUAUUUUGCACAGGAUUACGAGAAGGGGGAUUGGGCGUUGCCGCAGGGACGGUACCGCCAAGAUGGAAGUGCACCUUGGAAUAGA